UUCUGCCUUAGUGGAAGUGCACCUGUUUUGCCCAGACUCCACAAGCAGACUGAAUGCUUGUAUGGACCUUGCAAAUGAAGAAAUGGGGGAUGCUACGCUACUCUCUCUAGGUUUCAGAGCUGAUAUGUGGGGAGCAAAGGUCUGAAAUCAAUUUGUCUCCCAGGCUCAUUUGUAAAAAUUUCUAUUUUUACAUGCAUGAGAGUUCUGUCUUCCAGUACAUGCACAUAAGUGCACCACAUGUGCUUGCAGAGACCAGAGGAGGGCAUUGGAUCCCCAGAAACUGGAGUUGCAGGUGGUUGUGAACUGCCAUGUGGUUUCUGGGAGCCAAACUUUGGUCGUCUGCAAGAGCAACAGCUGAGCACAGGAGUGGAGUAUUUAGUCACUGUGAAGAUUGGCAGGACCAAAUGCAAGAAAAGCGAGGCAAGCAAUGCUUCCUGCCCUCUGCAAAGCAGCAAGCUGAAAAAGAGCCUGAUUUGCACGUCACUGAUAUACACCGUGCCCUGGGUGAACUACUACCAGCUCUGGAACAGUUCCUGCCAGGAUAGCAAAGUGCCCAUAUAA